AGGAAGCCGCCUUGUCUCCGGGAACCCCUCGCCAGCCCCGCCCUGUGCACCGCCCUCCGUGCGCCCGGCUCGCGCUCCGCCGCCGCGGGGGGCGCGGCGGACAUGUCCGGCCCGCGCGCCGGCUUCUACCGGCAGGAGCUCAACAAGACAGUGUGGGAGGUGCCGCAACGACUGCGGGGGCUGCGCCCGGUGGGCUCGGGCGCCUACGGCUCGGUCUGCUCGGCCUACGACACGCGGCUUCGCCAGAAGGUGGCGGUGAAGAAGCUGUCGCGCCCCUUCCAGUCGCUGGUCCACGCGAGGAGGACCUACCGGGAGCUGCGGCUGCUCAAGCACCUGAAGCACGAGAACGUCAUCGGGCUGCUGGAUGUCUUCACCCCGGCCACCUCCAUAGAGGACUUCAGUGAAGUGUACCUGGUGACCACCCUGAUGGGCGCGGAUCUGAACAACAUCGUGAAGUGCCAGACGCUGAGUGACGAGCAUGUCCAGUUCCUUGUGUACCAGCUGCUGCGUGGGCUGAAGUACAUCCACUCGGCUGGGAUCGUCCACCGGGACCUAAAGCCCAGCAAUGUGGCUGUGAACGAGGACUGCGAGCUCAGGGUGAGUGCUGGGGGUGGGGGCGCAGAGAACGGAGGAGGUGCUCCUGGGACCGCUCACCCCCCGCCCCCCACCCCCGGGUGCUGGCUCCAGAUCCUGGACUUCGGGCUGGCCCGCCAGGCGGAGGAGGAGAUGACGGGCUACGUGGCCACACGCUGGUACCGCGCCCCUGAGAUCACGCUCAACUGGAUGCAUUACAACCAGACAGUGGACAUCUGGUCUGUGGGCUGCAUCAUGGCCGAGCUCCUCCAAGGAAAGGCCCUCUUCCCGGGAAGCGACUACAUCGACCAGCUGAAGCGCAUCAUGGAGGUGGUGGGCACACCCAGCCCUGAGGUUCUGGCCAAGAUAUCGUCGGAACAUGCCCGGACGUACAUCCAGUCGCUGCCCCCCAUGCCCCAGAAGGACCUCAGGAGCAUCUUCCACGGAGCCAACCCCCUGGCCGUGGACCUCUUGGGAAGGAUGCUGGUGCUGGACAGUGACCAGAGGGUCAGUGCGGCCGAGGCCCUGGCCCACGCCUACUUCAGCCAGUACCAUGACCCGGAUGACGAGCCCGAGGCGGAGCCCUAUGACGAAAGCGUGGAGGCGAAGGAGCGCACUCUGGAGGAGUGGAAGGAACUCACCUACCAGGAAGUCCUCAGCUUCAAGCCCCUGGAGCCACCACAGCUGCCUGGCAGCCGGGACAUGGAGCAGUGAGCCACGCCGGAGCUCACGGAGGGGCCGGGGCCUGCUCGACCCCGUGUGCCUCAGCUGCCGGGGAUCGCUCCCCACCACAUGACCCCUGUCCUGGGACCCCUGGUCUGCAUGCUGCUCCCUCUUGGGGUCUGCGCACACAUAUGAACGCAUGAGUGUGUGCCCUUGUGCACACCGUGGGCGGAGGAGUAUGGACAGGGUGUCCUGGACUUCCUUGGCCCUUCUCCCACCUCCCCAAAACCAGGGCCUUCCCUGGGACCUUGCUGUAGAGGACCCGGAUGCUUAGGGGUCCCCUGGGCAGUGUGUCUGUCUCCAGACCUCAGUCCCAGGGGGCUGUCUCCGGGGGGUGGUGCACUGGGACCAGGGCCCCCUGGAGACUCAAAGGGUGGAGUGUCCGUGGUCCAGGCUGCUCAGCCUAGAAUUGGAGGGGCCACCCUGAGAAAUGCUGGGACCCAAAGCCCUGAGAGCUGGACAGGGUCUUCCCUGGGGGGUGGCAGGGUGGCGACAGCCACGAAGUGUCCAAUGGGACUCCUCCUGGAGCCGCAUGCUCCCCUGAGUUGUACGGCUUGUGUGUUCCUGGCAUUUAGUUGUCAAGGCAGGUGAAGGUGCCCAAGGGCCAGCGGCUGUGGCCAGCAGGAGGCCCAAGUUGGGGUUAGCUACCUGCCUCCCUCCCCCCAGUGUCUGAUGUCAUGGGCGGGUGCUGUGCCCCACAUGAGGGGCUCAGGUGGGCAAGGAGCAACCAUGGGAACCAAAGCCAGGGCAUUGUCCUUGGGGUCCGGAGCACCAGGGCCUGGAGCCAGCCAGCCGGGGAGCUGGCGGGCAUGGGGGGUUGGGGGAGGCGUGGGGGACUGGCACCCACUGAGGCGGACUUGGACUUGGGCCCUGGACCUGGGCCGGGAGCUGAUGAAGAAGUCUCUGCCCACUCUCUGGCCCUGCAGCUGAGAGCUGGGGCGCUGUGCUCUGGGCUGGGCCCUGGUCCGCCCUCCUUCUGGGAUGAAGCUGACCCAUGACCUCUGGGACAGGCCCGUGCUCCAGAGGUGUUGGAGGUGUGGGUCUUCUCUGUCCAGUGGUGGCCUUGGGCGGUGACCUCCGACCUCGCAGGACCCAGGGUGGUCAGACUGUCAAGUGCCUGCACCAGAGUCUCAUCAGUAAAGGAGGUUUCCUCUUG